ACUGAACGUCUUCAAAAGCGGUCUAGCCACUCAGGUCGAGUUCGACAAGCCUGAAAACGAGACCGCUUAGAAACCCGGGGCAUUUCCAGAUCGUCUCCUUCUCCUUGGCGGCGCGAUUCUUACUCGCAGUGCUUUCAGACUGAGAUGUCUCCGGUUGGGUUGCGCUUGCCCCGUUUCCGGUGUCGUCUGCCCCACGCGCCACGUUUCCGGUGUCCCCUGACUCCGCGGGACGCAUUUCCGGUGCGGCGGGCAGCGGGAGAGAGGCUGGUUAGGCGAGGCGGCGUGGAGUCCUCUGGCCCGCAGCAUGAAGCCCCGGUCCGCGGUGUUCGUGGACGCGAAGCUGAAGCAGCGGGUCGUUCAGAUUAUGGUCGAAGAAAAAGAAAUGCAUUUAGGAUUCAGGUAGAAAAAAUAUUUAACAUAAUUAGUCAUGAGAAAGAACUUAAGAAAUUGACAGAAUUAGAAGACAAACAUCUGACAAAAAGAGCAAGACAAGAUGAAGAGGAUGAGUAUACUGAAAGCUAUUCUGAUGAUGAUUCAGAUGUGGAAGAUUACACAGAUCCGCAGUCAGCAAAUCACAUGAACAGUUCCCUGCUCUCUUUAUAUCGGAAAGGAAACUCUGAUUCUAUUUCAAAUACUCCGGAGUUGGAGCAGAGAGGAGCCACCUCUUCAGCGCCAUUGCUGACUUCUAAAACAGACUCCAUUCCUUUGAAGACCCCUGCCAGAGAGUCUGAGGGUGGAUGGUUUAUUGACAAAACCCUAGAUGAAGCAAGAGACAGUUUUUUCUUGGACCUAUCAGAUGUCAAAAGCAACCGUAAGAAGCCAGUAUCCGAAAUACAGAAUUUAAAAGAUUCUUCUCUUCUGGAAAGUGAUAAAAAACAGAAAGGUGGACCGAAGGGCAAAGGAAAGAAGAGGAAGAAAGAGGAUCUUCAAGAAGUUGAUGGAGAAAUAGAAGAUAUUCUGCAAAAGAAAGCUAAAGCCAGAGGGCUAGAAUUACAGAUCUCCAGUGUGAAGUUUGAAGAUGUUGGAGGCAGUGAUGCAACUUUAAAAGAAAUCUGCAAGAUGCUCAUACACAUGCGUCACCCAGAAGUGUACCACCAUCUAGGUGUAGUGCCCCCUCGUGGAGUUCUCCUACAUGGGCCACCAGGCUGUGGGAAGACAUUGCUUGCACAUGCAAUUGCUGGGGAACUUGAUCUGCCAAUUCUGAAAGUGGCUGCGCCAGAGAUUGUGUCAGGAGUUUCUGGAGAGUCUGAGCAGAAGCUCAGAGAUUUAUUUGACCAAGCUGUGUCAAAUGCACCCUGUAUUGUUUUCAUUGAUGAAAUUGAUGCUAUUACCCCCAAAAGAGAAGUUGCUUCAAAAGAUAUGGAAAGAAGAAUUGUAGCCCAGCUCCUAACCUGCAUGGAUGAUCUAAAUAACGGGGCAACUACAGCUCGAGUCCUGGUCAUUGGAGCUACUAAUCGACCAGACUCACUGGAUCCUGCUUUGAGACGUGCAGGAAGGUUUGACCGAGAAAUAUGCCUAGGUAUCCCAGAUGAAGCAUCCAGAGAAAGAAUACUUCAGACUUUGUGUCGAAAACUGAGACUUCCUGACACUUUUGAUUUUUGUCACUUAGCACACUUAACACCAGGCUUCGUUGGUGCUGAUCUGAUGGCACUUUGUCGAGAGGCAGCCAUGUGUGCAGUCAAUAGGGUCUUGAUGAAGCACCAGGAGCAGCAGAAGAAAAAUCCCAAGACUGAAGACUUGCCAUCUGAAGGAAGCAAUGAGGAAAGGCUAGGAACUGAGCCCACCUCUCAAACACAGGAUGAAUUGCAAAACCUGCUGGGGUUGCUACGAGACCAGGAUCCCCUCUCAGAGGAGCAGAUGCAAGGACUGUGCAUUGAAUUGAAUGAUUUUGUUGUUGCCCUAGCAUCGGUCCAACCUUCUGCCAAAAGGGAGGGCUUUGUUACUGUCCCUAAUGUGACAUGGGCAGAUAUUGGUGCCUUGGAAGAUAUUAGAGAGGAGCUCAUAAUGGCAAUAUUGGCACCAGUACGAAAUCCAGACCAGUUCAGAGCUCUUGGCUUGGUGACUCCAGCUGGCAUACUGCUAGCUGGUCCUCCUGGAUGUGGGAAAACUUUACUGGCAAAGGCUGUGGCAAAUGAGUCUGGACUAAAUUUUAUAUCUGUCAAGGGUCCUGAAUUACUAAAUAUGUACGUUGGUGAAAGUGAACGUGCUGUGCGACAGGUUUUUCAGCGAGCCAAGAACUCAGCACCCUGUGUGAUAUUCUUUGAUGAAGUGGAUGCUUUAUGUCCUCGAAGGUCAGACCGAGAAACCGGUGCAAGUGUCCGAGUGGUGAAUCAACUACUGACAGAGAUGGAUGGUCUGGAAACGCGUCAGCAGGUUUUUAUUUUGGCUGCCACUAAUAGGCCAGAUAUCAUUGACCCCGCAAUUCUGCGUCCAGGGCGGCUGGACAAAACACUCUUUGUGGGUUUGCCACCCCCAGCAGACCGUGCUGCCAUCUUAAAGACUAUCACAAAAAAUGGCACCAAACCUCCACUGGAUGAAGAUGUAAGUUUGGAAGCAAUUGCCAGUGACCUUCGCUGUAAUUGCUAUACGGGUGCAGACCUUUCUGCUCUGGUACGAGAAGCUUCUCUCUGUGCCCUGAGACAAGAGAUGACAAGACAAAAGAGUGGAAACAGAACAGACAAACUUAAGAUUAGUCAUACACACUUUGAAGAAGCUUUCAAGAAAGUUAAACCAUCUAUAUCAGUAAAGGAGCAGAUGAUGUAUGAAGCUCUGAAGAAGGCGCUCAGCGAAUGACAGCCCAGCACCCUGCAUGCUGGUAUCUAGUGUAUGGGACUGACUGAGAACCACACUCACUCUGACGGAUCUGCUUUUAGCUUGACACAGAUGUGGUUUCAUUGUAAGCAUCUUAAUCAAAUUAAUGAGACCAAGCUGGAGCUGAAGAUUAUUCUCAUCUAGCCAGCCUUGUGGGAACACUUCCUACUUCCUCUUUAAAAAAGGGGGGGAAGAACUUUAUUCUAAUAAAAUUUUAAUUUGAACCAUCUUAACCAUACACAAAAGUUACAAAGGACUAUUUCCCCUGAGCAGUGUCCACCUGGCAUCCCAUCACCCCAGAUAAUACUUUUAUGUAGGUUUCCCGCACACCAGGAUCUUUUCUGCAUAACCAGUCAUCAGAAACGUUGACCCGUUGCUACCAUAUAAUUCUCAAGUUCCAGUCAAGCUUCUCCAGCUGUCACAAAGUCACAGCAAAAGAAUCUAGUUUAAAACGAGCUAUUGUGAUGUGUUGAGUCUUUAGCUGCCUUAAAGUGUGUAAGAGUUUCUCUUUAGAAGUUCAUGAAAUUCUCAGGUAAGUGAAUGGAACUAGAUACUGUUAUACUAUGUGAAGUAACAUAGUUUUAGAAAAACGAGUGAAAUGUGUUCUCAUUUGUGGAUAUUAACUCCAGAUCCCUAGAUGUGAAUAUAUAUCCUGAUGUAACCACAGGAGCCAGAAAAAUGGAAAGGAACCAUAAGGAUAAAGAGGGAAAAAGAGAUUGAGAGAGGGGAAUCGUAGGAGGUGUUACAAAGGGAGAAAGUGGGGUAUUUUAACUGGGGAAGGAGUAGAAAGGGUUAUACAGGGGGUGAGGAGAGACAAAGAAUGUUUAGAUGGCAUGAAAAACUAGAGGAAAAUGUAUUAAGUCAAAGUCCUACUGAAAAAUACCCAUACAAUAUAUUACACAACAGUAUGUGUAUAGCUGAAGGCUAUGUAACAGCAACAAAAAAAGUGCCAGGCAGGGGAGACCUCCGUUCCAGUUAUUGGUCAGGAUAGUUCGAGACACUCCCAAAAUAACACGGGCUAUUGCCACAACCCAUGAUUGCUUCUUAAAACUUGAAAGUAAGACACUAUUGCCAAAGACAGGCCAUGCUUCCCACACAGGACCUGGAGCGGUUGAACUGAAACACCUGGAAGCUUCCUUCCUUGAAGACAAGCUCUUACUGUAUCAAGACACUAUACAAGCUGCCAAGGGAGAAAACCAAUCAGUGGUCCUAUCCAGCUGUGAAGCCUAAUAAGGACAGCUGAGUCCGCAAACUAUUGCUCUUGGUGCAGUAGGGGCACUUUUAUCUUGGUGUUAAGCAACAGCUCUCUAAUUGGAAUUAAAGCUGGCUCAAUGGGAGAGAACACGUGUGUUCCUGUAAACAUAGCCAAAUACACGUGGCUGGAGAUCAUAGAUCCUAGGGAGAAAACCUAAUUUCUUCAUUCUAAAUAUCCAUCCUCAUAUUUACAGGCAAGUAUACCUUUCACCCCUCAUCAAAGAAGCUGCUUUUUGCAACAGAUGGAGACUGUUUCAGAGUCCCAGAACUGGUCACAUGUAGAGAAUAAGUGUCUGAGAUGCUUAAUCCUAAGUGACACAUCUUCAAUGCAGCCUCCACACAUACGAUGAAUGCAUCUCUCAACUCUGAUCAUCAGAGAAGUUUCCAUAUGCAGCAGAUGAUGAUUAACACAGGAAUCCGCAGUUGGCCAAUAUGCAGAACAAGAGGCCACAGAGUACUUAUCUCUAAGUAGGACACCUAUUUCAAGCCUCUACUUCCCAAGGCUCAGGCACCAUUGUGGAAGAGGAGGUAGAAAGAUUGUAAGAGCCAGAGGGGGUGGAUGACCACAAAGAAACAGUCUUAACAGACAGCUGAUCAGUUACUCAUCUGAACUCAGUAGUAAUGGUAAUAGCAUGCCCAAGUCUUGUGUAAGCUCAAACCAGAUAAAUCCCAGCAUAGCCCUGGGGAAGUGGGUAAGAAAACCCAACCCAACCUGAGGAACUUUGGGCAACUGAUGUCUCCUGGGAGGGAGAAAGACAGUCUUACAUGGGUGGGACUCUUGGUGGGCCAAGUGGAUGGACCCACACUGAAGGACAUUUGGGGUCACAAAUCAGACUACAGUGUGUGUGUGUGUGUGUGUGUGUGUGUGUGUGUGUGUAAUAUACAUAUGAGAGUACACUGAAUUAGGUAGUGGGGGGAGGUGUGGGUAGGGUAUCAAACUGUAUGAAAAUUAGAAAAAAAUCAGUAAAUUUUUUAAAUUUUUUGUUUUGAGACAUUUUCUCUUAAGAAUUGGCCACCCAACAUUCCCAUCGCCCCAGAUAUGCUUUCACGUAGGUUUCCUGCAUACCAGGGUAUUUUUAUCCUUAACCAGUCAUCAAAAAUGCUGACCCAUUCCUACCAGCUAAUUCUCAAGUCAAGCUUCUCUGCCUGUGGCAAAGUCAAUCACAGCAAAAGGAUCUAGUUUACAGUAAUCUGUUGAGUCUUUAGUUGCCUUAAAGUUUGUAAGAGUUUCUUUUUUGAAGUCCAUGGGCCAGUGACUAGGAGAUUGCCUUGGGAUACCUUUCUCUGAUAUUUCUUCAUGAUUAGAACCAAAUACUACAUUUUAUGAAGAUUAUUGUGAAUAGCACUGUUCUCUGCAUCCUAUCAGGUAGCAUGUAAUUUCAGUGUGUUCUGUUACUUGCGAUGGUUGCUAUGAUCACUUGAUUCAGGUGGUUCUGUCAGGCUUCUUGUACCAGGGAAUUAACCCUUUUUAUUUUUAUUUAAAUUUACACUAUGUUGUGCGAAGGUAUAUUCACUUAUAAUAUCUGUAUUCCAGACCCAUCAUAUUAACCACAUUUUUCAGUGUAUAACUUAUCUAUUACCAUCUUUGAUGUUCAGAUGUCUCAGAUUUGUCCUUUCCUCUUGGCCUCCGUGUCUUUCAUGAGUUUCUAAGCCAGUGUUUUAUGACGAGUUUGAUUGUGUCGUGAUUAAUGUCAUCUAAUCUUUUAUAGUGUUGUUUGCUGUAUAUUGAUAUUAUAUAAACAGAUCCGGUUAUUUCA